AUGACAUACCCAGGCAUCGACGGUAGAGUCGCAGACUUAGAAUCAGGCAUACAGUGGCGCAUCAGCGCAGCAGUCUUCCGGUACAGAGCGAACGGAGAGCUCGCUGUCUUACUUAUGAGGCGAGCCACCGGUGAGGCCACAUGUCAAUGGUGUAAUGUUCCAAUAGGCCCAGUUCUCAAUACUGAUGGGGCCAUCCGCGAUACCGUGGAGCGCAUAGUUCUCGACAAGACCGGUCUUGGACUCCAGGGUGACCACAUUAUCGAGGAGGUGGGGUCAUUGAGGUGGGGAUCUGAAGGGGAAGUCAUCAUCAAACUCAACUUUGUGAUUUAUGAUGAAUCUUUCGACCUCAUCACAAUCCGUUACGACGAGUUCUUUGAAUAUCAAUGGGUGCAAGAGGAACGUAUUGGCACUCUCGCCAUCCCUGUCUCAAUGCAGCAUAUGAUCCGCGAUGGAUUUGAGCUACACCGCUUGGGGGUUUUUUGA